UCGUAUAAUUGAUAGAACCAGUUAAUACACAUGAGUUCUUUUAAAAUUUAAAUAUUCGUCUCUUUUAUUAGACUUUUUACUACUAAUUUUAGUAACUUAAAAUUCAGUUUUAUCACUAUGGCUAAUCAUGAUGAAGUUAUAAAACGAAUUGGAUCAGUUCUUGCUAACUCUAAAUUACCAAUGAAAGAACGUUUUCGAGCUUUAUUUACACUAAAAAAUAUAGGUGGUAAUUCUGCAAUAGACAAUAUAGCUAAAUGUUUUACAGAUAGUUCGUGCCUCCUAAAACAUGAACUAGCAUAUUGUUUAGGUCAAAUGAGAAAUGAAUAUGCUAUCCCUUAUUUAAUAAAAGUACUAAAAGAUGUUGAUCAAGAGCCAAUGGUACGACACGAAGCAGCUGAAGCUUUAGGUGCAAUUGGAAAGCAAGAUGUCAUACCAAUACUAGAAGAAUAUAAAAAUGACCCAGUCCAAGAACUUGCUGAAACAUGCCAAUUGGCACUGGGGAGACUUUUAUUACCUAAAAAUGAAGCAAAUGUUGAAAACAUAUAUGGAUCUGUUGAUCCAGCACCUCCUUCAUCAAUAAAAAGCCUAGAAGAACUUGAAAAAAUUCUUAAUAAUGAAAAUGAAAGUCUUUUUGACAGGUAUAAAGCUAUGUUUUCUUUAAGAGAUAUUGGAUCACCAAGAAGCAUAACUAUUCUUUCUAAAGCCUUAUCAAAUGGAAGUGCUCUUUUUAAACACGAAAUUGCUUUUGUCUUGGGCCAAUUACAAUCUCCACUUAGCGUACCAUAUUUAAAAGAAUCACUUAUGGAUGAAUCCCAGAAUGAUAUGGUAAGGCAUGAAUGUGCAGAAGCAUUGGGUGCAAUUGCUACAGAUGAUUGUUAUGAAAUAUUAAAAAAAUACUUAGAUGAUCAGAAGAUUGUUGUUAAAGAAAGUUGUGAAGUAGCUUUGGAUAUGUGUGAUUAUGAAAAUUGUCCAGAUUUUCAAUAUGCAAAUACUUUAGAAAAAAUAAUAAGUUGAAUUUUUUUUUGUAAAAUUUUAUUUGCCUUAAUCAAUAAAUAAAUUUUACAGCA